CUCUCACUUGCCCACUUGGCAGAUGCGGAAGAAAUCCUCAACCAUAACAACAAGCAGGUUGUGUUCUACCUAAAAUUUUAGCUAUUCAUGAUACAGCUUAUUUUACAAUUUUUACAUUUUAAAUAAGAUUACUAAUCUCCAGCCGCCAUGGAUGACGGAUUGGAGACCGUGUACGGAACAGACGAUGGUAAUCGGAACGUAAUGUCAGAGAAAGUUACAGGCCUAGCGUCUGGAAUAUACCGAGAAUUUGAACGGAUGAUUAAGCGAUACGACGAGGAUGUUGUAAAGGAACUCAUGCCUCUGAUCGUUAAUGUAUUGGAGGGCCUAGAUACUGCACUGUUGCAAAAUAUUGAAAAUGAUGUCGAAUUGGAACUGCUACGGGACGAUAAUGAGCAAUUAAUGACUCAAUAUGAUCGAGAAAAACAACAUCGCAAAGAGUCUGAGCAAAAAUUACUUGAAUAUGAAGAUACUAAUGAUCAAGAGAGAAGGAGUCUUCAAAAUAGAUUGGAAAGUUUAGAAAGUAGUCAAAAACAUUCUCAACUCAAACUGAAAAAUUUGACAGAUCAGAUCAGUCGACAUGAGGAGCGUGAAGGUGAAUUGAAGAAGGAUUAUAAUAUUCUACAAAAGAGACAUAAUGAGAUGUUACAGAAUUACGCUGAGAAUAUAGAGAAAUUGAAGCAGGCGACACAGUUCGGGGAUCCAGUUGCAGCCAGCCCAAGGUUAUUCAAAUUACAUAUUCCUAGAGCGCACUCGCCGACAUAUUACAAUCAGGAGCCUCCAACGCCAACCAAAGACAGUAAUGUUAUUCAGGAUAGUCUCCCGACUCCAGACGCCCCACAGAAAACAUUCCUAUCGAAGGAGAAACCCAACGACUCAAACCUCCAACUGGAGAUCGAGAACACGCCGGUGACCCGGUCAAGAAGCGUUAGUACGUCGUCCAUUGAACAGACUGCCACGGAAACACAGGCAUCGGUUAUAAUGAGUAACAAAGAAACUGAGAUGACACCUGAUGUUGAGAUGAGUCCGCAGUUGGCAGCAGUCUUCGCUAGCACACCAGAGCUAAAGGAUGGACAGCAACAGGUAGCAACAAGUCCCAGAGCUCUCCUCUCAGGCUUCAGCGACAUGGAUGCCCAUAAUUCUUUGUUUAUGGAAUUAGAUCAAGACAUCAUCUCAGAAAUAGACGAUGGCGCCAACAUAACAGAUCCCGCCGAGUUCUCUGUGAAGUCACCUGACAAGUUAUGUGGAAUGGGCAAAGAAGUUGAGAACUUGAUUACAGAGAAUUCAGAACUGAGAGCUACAAAGAAUGCCUUGAAUAUUGUGAAAGAUGAUUUGAUCCUAAAAGUUGAUGAGUUAACUGCCGAGUCAGAACUUUUGCGUCAAGAUGUGGCCGCAGUCACCCACAAGAAGGAGGAACUGCUCGAUAGGAUACAAGAGCUAGAAAGCGAGUUGAAAAAAAUGAAAGAGCAACAUCAUGACUUGAACAGACUCCCAGAUGGCGAGGAGGAGGAAGUCCCGAUGGCCCAGCGUAAACGCUUCACACGUGUCGAAAUGGCACGCGUCUUGAUGGAACGCAAUCAAUACAAAGAACGCCUCAUGGAACUCCAAGAAGCUGUUAGAUGGACGGAAAUGAUCAGAGCAUCUAGAGAACACCCUUCAUUUGAGAAGAAAAACAAAUCAAGCGUCUGGAAAUUAGACGCGACACAGCGUGUGAAAGAACGGCGGGAACAGUACAAGAAGGUGAAGGCCCAUGUGAAGAAAGACGACGGGCGAGUACAGGCCUACGGUUGGAGCCUACCCGCUAAACAUCAACCGCCAUCGAAGAGUAUACAGCCUGCAGAGAGCAACAGAGGGUGCUUGGUUGGUGUCCCUGUUCCUGUGUUUUGUAGGCCUCUCCUAGAAAAAGAACCAGGAACAAAGAUAUGGUGUGCAGCAGGAGUGAACCUGACAGGUGGUAGAACCAGGGAUGGUGGCUCUAUUGUAGGCGCCAGUGUUUUCUACUCAGCCUCAAAUUUGGAGGAUGGGCAGAAUACCUCGCAGACAUCCGAAAGCGAAGUUGAUAAACUUGAUGAAGAGCUAAAGCAAGCAAAGAAAGAGCAAGAAGAAUGUCAGAAAAACAACUUAUCGUCACUGGUCUGGAUUUGCACGAGUACGCAAGCAGUCGGGAAGGUGACGGUUGUUGACGCCAACCAGCCACAAAACAUACUUGAUUCGUUUCCAGUUAGCGAUUCCUAUGUUCUUUGUAUCUGUAGUGUACCAGGUGCUCUAGAAAGUGAUUAUCCUUCAAUUGAAGAAACUGAAGCUACUACUGAAGAUGAAAAGGAAAAAGCAUCAGACUCAAAAGAAGAAGAUAAAUUUGGUACAGUUACCCUGGUAUCAGUGAGCGUGCCCUCCACUCCACGAAGUACUACUCCAUCAUCAGAUAGAGCUGACCAAACAAGUAUAUCCAGUCAGGAGUUCAAGGCAGAGGUCGGCGAAGCCAACGUAAGUACAAACAUCACGUCCUCAACAGAUGCAGAGGAGGCACUGCGACAGGCUGCCACAACUCCCCAAACGCAAUCUAAAAUUGGCAUGGAAGGUGUGGUACCAGAAAGCAAAAUUCUCAAUUCACAAGACCAAACUGAUUCAGAUAAUGAAAGUGAUGUACAGCAAGAUCCCCUUGGUGUGACCUCACUACAAAGUGAGGCUGCCAAGCGAGCAAGAAGCGCCUCGCAAGAUGCCAGCGACUUUCUCAAGGAUGGACUGUCGGUGGUACAGAUGGAGAACGACUUCAUGUACGUGGAAGCGGAGAAGAUGAGCAGCGUCAAACCAACUAUGUGGCUUGGAGGACAGAAUGGAUGUUUGUAUGUGCACUCUGCAGUCUCCCAGUGGAGGCGAUGUCUACACUCACUCAAACUCAAGGAUUCAAUUUUAGCUAUAGUAUAUGUCAAAGGUCGUGUGUUUGUCGCCAUAGCUGAUGGCUCUAUAGCCGUAUUUCACAGAUCUGCAGAUGGACAGUGGGAUUUAAAUAACUACCAUUUAUUGGACCUGGGCAAACCAAAUCAUUCUAUUCGCUGUCUGAUGGUUGUUUACGAUAAGGUCUGGUGCGGAGUCCGUAACAAAAUUCACAUCAUCAACCCACUCAUGUUAAAAAUAGAGAAAUCAUUUGAUGCCCAUCCACGAAAAGAGAGCCAAGUACGACAGAUAGCCUGGCAAGGUGACGGCGUCUGGGUUUCAAUCCGAUUGGACAGUACGCUACGACUUUAUCAUGCACAUACCUGCGACCAUUUGCAGGAUGUCGAUAUUGAACCGUAUGUCAGUAAAAUGUUAGGCACUGGUAAGCUAGGCUUCUCAUUUGUGCGUAUCACAGCAUUGAAGAUUGCUUGCAACAGGCUGUGGGUAGGCACAGGCAAUGGAGUCAUCAUCUCAAUACCUCUUUCGGAAGCAACAAAAUCAACAGCGAGUAAUACAGGGGUGCGCCCUGGUGGUGUCAUCCGUGUGUAUGCAGACAGCAACAGCGAUACCGUCAGACCCGGCAGUAUGAUACCGUAUUGUAGCAUCACCCAGGCGCAGCUGUCGUUCCACGGACACCGUGAUGCUGUCAAGUUCUUUGUUGCCGUACCAGUUAUAGAAAAGAGUAUAGUGAGUUACGGAUUGGGCGUGUGGAGAAACUUAAAGCAAGGAAUAGCAAGUAACGUGAGGUCUACGACGGCAAGUGGGGCACCGAUCGCCGGGGAUCAGCAAACCAGUAAAAACAUCUUGGUUCUCAGUGGUGGAGAAGGCUACAUUGAUUUCAGACAAGGGGAUGAUGAAGAUGAAGAGGCUGCAGGCGGUAACCUUGGUGAUAUGCCGAACAAACAAAUGAAAUCUGAACGAAGUCAUCUGAUAGUUUGGCAAGUGACAGGCGUGUCGGAGUGAAGCUGCUGUACAGAUAAUUAAAAGUGGGGGUUGAAUAUAUCAGUAACACAAUGGAGCUUUAAUUUGCAUCUUAUAGAGUUGUAAUGAAUUGUGUAAAAAUGGUAUGUCCAGACUUGGGCUGGCCCAUUGUAAAUGAUGUACAUGAAAUAUAUCCCCAUGUGUUGAAUAUGUUUUAAAAUUAUACAUUUUGCCUGGCAACAACAUGUCUAUUUGUAAAUUAUGUGUGUCCUAGCAACACUGUGCCACCUAAUAACACAAGUUGUUGCCUGGCAACAGCAUGCAUAACCUAGUAACACAUUUUUUUGCCUAGCAACACAAUGUGUUACCUAGUAACAACUGUUGCCUGACAACAGCAUAUCUAACAUAACAACAUGUAUGUAAUUGUUGCUAUGGAAAUGCGUCAGUAAUACUCUGGCAUCUUGUUAAAAAGAGUUGUAGAGUUUAAGAUGUCAAUAUGACACAGAAUGCAAGAAUGGGGGAUAUAGGGUUUGAGAAUGUGGAGGAGGAGUCUGACGAUCAUCUGUGCUUAUAGUUGUUGCUGUUAAACUAUUCAGUAAAAUUACUGGCUUCAUGUCGCUAUUCUGAUUGCUAUAACCCCUUUCUUCUAAUUAUCCACUAUCUUAAGCUGCAACUAAAAUACAUUUUUAUCAACCAAAUCAAGGGUCAGUAAUGUGAACGUGUUGCUAUAUUUAUAUCAAUAUUAUUACUAAAAAUCAUAUUUCUGUAUGUUUUUAAUUUAUGUUGCUUGUAAGUUCAUCACUCUUGCCUACUCACAAAUAUCAGAUCAAGUGAAACCUCUAAAUGUUUGAAGAGUUAGUUGGUUUGACAUCUCUGUAUUAAGUAGUGAUUUAUCUGUUUCAAUAUUUUAAAAUUUGGAAUGUAACAGUGUGUGAUACUUUAAUGGGAUUUUUGUUCUGUUAGUUAUUCACAAUAGUGCCUGGAAGCGAGAACUGAAUAAGAAAAUUGUAUUUUAAUCUUUAAUUAUCAGUAAUAAUAAAAAUAAUAUUUUUUUAAAGUUUAACAUUCCUUAAUGUUUUUUAUCUUCUCUUUGUUUUAUUUUAUGCAAACAUAAGAUCCCGGAUUUAAAUUUGCUUCUUGUAAAUGCUUUUUUAACAAUGCUGUAAUUACUGUAUUCGUGUAACCAUAGUAACAGCAUGCCUGUUGGCAUGGUUUUCAUUUCAAUUGAUAGGGAUAAAUAAUUAAAGAUAUGAAAUUCAUGGGAAAUAAUAAAUCCUUGUUAUAUUCCAUGUUAUAUGUUUGGAUGAUUCCAUUAAUGAAAUGUUCCCCACUCACUCUGAACAUGCCACUAAAUUAGCCUAGUUCCUUCCCUCCCCCUCCCACCUUUAAUAUAUUCUCCAAGUAAAUUAUUUUUUAAUGAGAAACCAUUAUACUUAUAACAAAGUAAUUAUUGAAAUAAUAAUGGUGUAAUUAUUUAAUGAUGAUUUGAUAAUACUGUACUAGUAUAUUAUAAUUACUAAUAUAAUAAUAAUAAUAAUAAUAAUAAUUUUAAUAAUAUUAAUAAUAAUUUAUGUUAAACCUUUUGUGGAAGAUGUGCAAGGAAUUUAAUAUUUUAACUUAAUUAUUUGGUUAAGAUUCGCAAAUGUAAAAUUCAAAUUGUUUUAUCAUUGUUAAAUCCAUCUUGACCAUAAAAAUGCACCAGUAAUGUAUAAGAAAAUUAAAAUUUGGGUUAGUAUAUUAAAAUUCAAUUUUAAUGACGAUUAGCCACCGUUAUGACAAAAAAAGUGCAAAUUUUUUACACAUUUGAAUAUUUUAAAUAAAUGUGAGAUUUUGUGAGUUUUUUAUAGAACCUAAACAAAUACCUUCUGAAUUAGUUGAGGAUUUACAAUUCACGAAAAUUAAAAUAAUUUAUUUUUUAAUUAUUAAUGUAUUUGAAUCAUAUGUAAUGAAAUGUCAAAAUACUAAAAUUCGAUAAAAUUAUUUAUGAAGAUUUUAAUUCUCUUCUUGAUGUAAUUAUGUAAAUUUCUUUGUUAUUAGAAUAAAAAUUUACUUGUUGAUUUCAAGGAAGUUAGAAUCGAGUAAAUUUGCAUUCAAGAAAGUUAUGUUUUUUUUUUAAAUCUCAUGCUGCGAGGAUAAAUACAGUCCAGAAAUUUAGCAUAUUUAUAAUUCGUCAUCACCACCACAUCAUCAUCAGUAUUGGCUAGUAAGUAAAAUAACUGGGGCAAGUUACUUUGUGCAUUUUAAUGUAAAAUAUCAACAAAAACCCAUGAAACUUGUAAACAAUUUAGUUUGUUUUUUCAUUUUUAUUUAGUGUUCAUUUGGGCUAUAGUUUCUACCACGUUUAACUGCUUUCCAAAAAGAAAUAUUCUUCUGUUAACAUUUUCAAUAUUUUGUUUAAAAAGGCUUAAUGACGAGGUAGGCUGAUGAAUAUUUUUGGUCUUAAUUCCCAAAUGUAUAUGCUGUUUUAUGCUUUUAUUAUUUAAUAAUGAAUUGUACAGUACUGUAGUAGUUUAAUCUUAAAAAGGGAGUAUUCCCAACUAAUCACUUUACUGCAAUACAGUGAUGGCCUACGUUUUAUUUUAUCAAUUCAGAUUUAAGUCAAGGGUAAAUUAAUCUAAAUAAUUACUGACAUUAAUUUUUGAAAAUGUAUUUGUGUACAAUUCCUAGAAAUAUUAAUGGACCUUUCCACUAAAAUCUGCUCCUUGGGAUACCGUUGCUAAGGAACCGAAAACUUGUGUGACUGUGGAACUACCUUAGAUCAUCUAUUCAACAAAAUUCCUAUUAAUUUAUAACAACUCAAUGGGGACUAGCGUAUGUAGGACAAGCGCGUAUUCCAAGCCUUUUUCUGAUUGGUUAAUUAAUCUUGAUUGACACUUCGGAAAGGUUCAUCGGCACGCCCUCGAAUGCAUUAUUCAUCAUUAUCAAAAUGUAUUUUUAAAAUAAAUACAUGUAAUUAAAUAAAUAGUGCACGUUCUUGAUGAUAAUUUUGUAUACUGUACUUACUAUAAGCGUAUGCACCAGUGAAAACAGUAUUUGGAAAUAUGAAAUAAUUACCAGUACGUGGGUUCUGGUGUGUGUAGCAUUAUGGGUCCUCCCAAAAUUUUGUAAUAACUCUAACUUAUCUAACAUGGUUCUCAACUGAAAAUGACAUAUUUGUAUAAAAUUUGUUUGUUGUGUAAAAUAAUAUAUGUGAUUACUUGAACUCUGCCCGUUUUCAGUUCUCCGGGUUUUUGUGAAUAAUACUUGUCGAGAAAUUAAAUGCUUAAUUGAUUAAAAGAUUGUAUAUAUUUAAGUAAAACAUAUAGUUGCAUUGACAUUGCCGAGUCCCCUAAUUUUGUUAUUGUAGUUGUUUUUUUUGAAAAAUAUAGGAUAAAUAUUGCAAAUAUAUUGUCAGAUGUACAAUUGUGUAAAUUGCAUGUUGUGACCAAUUUAAUUGCCUUGGAUAGCUCGAUGUUUUGAACGAGGUGAAUGACUCCAUUGCCUGAAUAAAGAAUUUGCGAAGGAUUGA